AUGUCUGAAGAAGACGUAGAUAGGUGGGCCGUUGAGGCGAGGGACAAAGGGCUACAAUUGUCCCCAAGUUGCACCAGCUUUGAGAUUCUAGAUCCUCAUGAUCCUGUUCUGAGUCGCCUAGCAACCCAAUUGUUCAGGCGCACUAAUGAAUAUCUACAAGGGGAGAUGGCUGUUGGUCAGGAACACUAUGUUCUUUUAGAAGAGAUAAAUAGAAUGGUCAUCACAAAAUAUGCAGAUCUUAGAAGCUUAGCUAUGAAUCUGAGCAAAACAUUAAAUGAAUAUAAUGAGAUGCAUACAGAUUUAAUCAAGCCAUUACUGAUGCAAAUUGAUCAAAUAGAUGCUCAAGUGUCCCAAGUUGAAGUCAAUGCAUAUCUUCUUGAUAACUAUACUAAGCUCCUCAAAGCCCGCUUCAAAGAAUUGGAGGAAAAG